GAAAACACUAUUAACGCUUAAUUUCUUUUUUGAUUCAUAUUGCUUGUUUACUUUCGGUUUUUUAAUUUUUUCUUUUUUUCUUUUUUCUUCUUUCUCCAGUAGAUUGAUACCCUCUUCCCAAUGUCUACACAGCAAGUUUAUACAGAAACAAACGAAGCACUUGAUACUUUAUCAGAAGUAUGGGAAAGUAUGUUGAAAGUCCUUAAUCAAGUCUCGGCUGCUGCUGCCUCUUCUUUUACAUUAGACCCUGACUUGGACCAACUUUCAAAAACACGAAAAGAAUAUGAAGCACUCUUGACUCGAUUGAAAACAAAAGUAGCUUGGAUUCAAGACAAUCGACCAUAUAACAAUAAACAACAACAAGAACAACAACAACUUGAUCCACUUCUUCUAGAAGAACAACAACAAUUACGACAGUCAUCUCAAGCUGUAUCAGAUCAACUCAAGGAUAUACUUAGUCAGUCUUACGCUCUUCAAUUUCAGAUAGAUAUGUUAUUAUCUGCUUCACAUGAUCAACCAAUCCAAUAAUAUAUAUAUAUAUGUUUUUAUUAGUAAUUCUAAAAUAAAUAACU